GUAAACGCUGCCGCAUGUUCGCCGGCUGACGCUGUUUUGAAGGGUCCAGUUUUUUUUUUGUUUGAACUUUCGAAUCUGUCACUGGUCAGAUCAGACGGCGUGUAAGGUCAUGUCUCCCCCUCGCCUCACUGGGGCGCUUCGUUCCUUCUCUACUGUCAGCAAACAGGAUGAUUUAACGCAAGACGUUUGUGAUCUUAAGACCAAGCGGCUGAAAAGGCAGGAAAUAUUUGCCCAAGAAGGUCUGACAUGGCAGAAGAUUGUUCAGUUUUUCACUCAACAUCUGGAAAAGAAAGAUCAGCUGACGGUCACUCAGGAGUUGAAGAGUAUCCUCCAAGCAGCCAAACAGAUUGUUGGUACGGAAUUUGGGCAGGAUGCCAUUGAAAGUGCUGGAGUCUUCUUGUUUAAAACAUUCCACAACAAAGAACAGAUCGGCUAUGAGGAAACCAGAGCCAUUAAACAGAUGUUUGGACCUUUUCCUGCUUCUGCUGCUGAGUCAUCUUGUGCUGCUGUGGCUCGUUUAGUGGCCCAGAUUGGAGAAUCUCAGGUGGAUGCUUUCAUCCAAACACAGUGCUCCCACAAGAGUGUGGACCGUGGCGCUAUCUUUGGACGGAACAUUGCUUUCUCAUUUGACACGUAUGUGCUGGAGGCUCAGGAUGCUAUGCCCUGGGCUGAGGGGUCAGACAUGGAUAUAGACACAGACUUCCACAGCUUCCUAAAUAAUCAUAUGGGUGAUCGGAAGGCUGGGGUCAAGCGAGAUGAUGCGUUCGAGGAGCUGAUGCAGAGCAACCCAGACAGCUCCAUUCUGAGACGGGAGGUGGAAAAGUACCUGAAUGAGGGGAACAUGGUGUCAUCCAGUGCUGAAGAGCUCGCCACCUCUCUUUUUGAGAUGCUGGCCUCCACCAAGAGUGACGAUGAAUUGCAAAAUGAGUUGUUUGAGUUUCUGGGUCCUGAAGGCUUUGAGAUGAUCUCCAUGCUCCUCCAGAGAAGGUCAGACAUUGUGGACUCUCUGGUAGCAGCUCCGUCAGACAGCAGAUCUCUUUUUACAUCAGGCAAACACAAAGGGAUUGCAGAGUCAUCCAAACCCACAUAUGGCUGUCAAGUGACCAUCCAGUCUGAACAAGAGAGACAGAUGAUGAAGAUCUACAGGAAAGAGGAGAAGAAAGAGAGAAAACGAGAGAAACGAGGCGAUGAGGGCGAGUCCUGCGAUAACGCUUUUCUUUUUGACCCCAUGGAGCUCAGACUGCAGAGGGAGCAGGCCUUGCUCACAGCACGCUAUUCCCCUGUGUUAGGCCGACACAGAGAUUAUGAACGCAUCCGUUACCCUAACGUUUAUGACUCCUAUGCCGAAGCCACCAAGACCUCUGCAUUCGUCGGAGGAGCCAAGAUGCUGCUGCCUGAGGGGAUCAAAAGAGAAAAUAACAAGAUGUAUGAAGAGGUGGAGAUCCCCCCCAGUGAGCCCAUGCCCAUCGGCUUCGAGGAAAAACCUGUGUACAUCUCCGAGCUGGACGAGAUUGGCCAGUUGGUGUUCAAGGGCAUGAAGCGGUUAAACAGAAUCCAGUCUAUAGUAUUUGAAACGGCUUAUAACACCAAUGAAAACCUGCUCAUCUGUGCACCCACCGGUGCAGGAAAGACCAACAUCGCCAUGCUCACCAUUCUACACGAGAUCCGCCAGCACCUGCAGCCUGGAGGUGUUAUCCGCAAGGACCAGUUCAAGAUCAUAUAUGUGGCUCCGAUGAAGGCCCUGGCAGCUGAGAUGACUAAUUACUUCAGUAAGCGAUUGGAGUCACUGGGCAUCGCUGUCAAAGAAUUGACGGGAGACAUGCAGUUGACCAAAGGAGAAAUCCUGCGCACUCAGAUGUUGGUGACGACUCCUGAGAAAUGGGAUGUGGUGACCAGAAAGAGUGUGGGUGACGUGGCUCUGUCUCAGAUCGUUAGACUGCUCAUUCUGGAUGAAGUUCAUCUUCUCCAUGAGGAUAGAGGGCCCGUUCUGGAGAGUCUGGUGGCCCGGACACUACGUCAGGUGGAGUCGACUCAAAGUAUGAUAAGAAUACUUGGUCUCUCUGCAACUCUGCCAAAUUACCUGGAUGUGGCAUCGUUCCUGCAUGUGAACCCUUAUAUUGGAUUGUUCUACUUUGACAGUCGGUUCCGCCCUGUUCCCCUUGGCCAGAGCUUUGUGGGCAUCAAGACUACAAACAAGGUCCAGCAGCUGCAUGACAUGGAGGAGGUUUGUUAUGAUAAAGUCCUGGAGCAGAUCAGAGCGGGACACCAGGUGAUGGUGUUUGUACAUGCUCGCAACUCCACUGUACGCACCGCCAUGAGUCUGAUCGAGAUGGCCAAGAACCGCGGAGAGAUGUCCUUCUUCCAGGUGGACCAGGGUCCAGACUACGGCCAGUGUGAGAAACAGGUACAGCGCUCCAGAAACAAGCAGAUGAGGGAGAUGUUUCCUGACGGCUUUGGGAUUCAUCACGCCGGAAUGUUGCGACAGGACCGCACGCUCAUGGAGAACAUGUUCUCUAGAGGUUACCUGAAAGUGCUGGUGUGCACAGCCACACUGGCUUGGGGCGUUAACUUACCCGCUCACGCGGUUAUCAUCAAGGGCACUAAUAUCUAUGAUGCCAAGCGUGGUGCUCUGGUGGAUCUGGGUAUCCUGGAUGUGAUGCAGAUCUUCGGUCGGGCCGGGAGACCGCAGUUUGACAAGUACGGUGAGGGAACUAUCAUCACAACCCAUGACAAGCUGAGCCACUACCUGACGCUGCUGACUCAACAGAACCCCAUCGAGAGCCAGUUUCAGCAGAGCCUAGCUGACAAUCUUAAUGCUGAGAUAGCUCUUGGGACAGUCACUAAUGUUGAUGAAGCUGUGAGGUGGAUGAGUUACACAUACUUGUAUGUGCGAAUGAGAGCCAAUCCACUCGUUUAUGGAAUCAACCACAAGGCCUAUCAGAUGGACCCUCAGUUGGAGCUGUACAGGAAGGAGUUGGUGGUGGAGUCUGGCAGGAAGCUGGAUAAGGCUCACAUGAUCCGUUUUGAUGAGAGGACAGGAUAUUUUGCAUCUACUGACCUUGGCAGAACAGCCAGUCACUUCUACAUCAAGUACAACACCAUUGAGACAUUCAAUGAGCUUUUCAACUCACAGAAAACUGAAGCAGAUAUUCUGAGCAUUGUUUCAAAAGCUGAAGAAUUUGAGCAGAUCAAAGUUCGAGAUGAGGAGCUGGAGGAGCUGGAGCAGAUGUUGUGUAAUUUCUGUGAGCUGCCAGCUGCGGGAGGCGUGGAGAAUGGCUACGGCAAGAUCAACAUCCUCCUGCAGACGUACAUCGGCCGUGGGGAGGUGGACAGCUUCUCCCUCAUAUCUGAUCUGUCUUAUGUAGCACAGAAUGCAGCUCGUAUCGUGCGGGCUCUGUUUGAGAUCGCUCUGAGGAAGCGCUGGCCGGCGAUGACGUAUCGUCUGCUCAAUCUGUGUAAAGUGAUUGACAAGCGUCUGUGGGGCUGGGCUCAUCCUCUGCGUCAGUUCAGUGUGCUGUCACCAUCAGUGCUGUCCAGACUGGAGCAGAAGAACCUGACUGUAGACAAACUCAGAGACAUGGGCAAAGAUGAGAUCGGUCACAUGUUACACCACGUGAACAUCGGUCUGAAGGUGAAACAGUGUGUUCAUCAGAUUCCAGCCAUCCUCAUGGAGUCUAGCAUUCAGCCAAUCACACGUACCGUCCUGCGUGUUCGUCUCACCGUCACCCCCGACUUCAGGUGGAAUGACCAGGUCCAUGGUUCAGUUGGAGAGCCCUGGUGGCUGUGGGUGGAGGAUCCGAUCAAUGACCACAUCUACCACUCUGAGUACUUCCUCCUCCAGAAGAAACAGGUGGUGAGUGGAGAGCCCCAACAGGUAGUCUUCACCAUACCCAUCUUCGAGCCCAUGCCCUCUCAGUAUUACAUCAGAGCUGUGUCUGACCGCUGGCUGGGCUCUGAGGCUGUCUGUAUCAUCAACUUCCAACAUCUCAUUUUGCCCGAGAGACACCCACCACACACAGAGCUAUUGGAUCUUCAGCCGUUGCCUGUGACCGCGCUGGGAAACAGAGAGUAUGAGAGUCUGUACAAGUUCACGCACUUUAAUCCCAUUCAAACACAAAUCUUCCACACGCUCUACCACACCGACACCAACGUCUUGCUGGGAGCGCCCACCGGCUCCGGCAAAACCAUUGCUGCAGAGAUGGCCAUGUUCAGAGUCUUCAACAAGUACCCCACCUCAAAGGUGGUGUACAUUGCUCCUCUGAAAGCUUUGGUCAGAGAGAGGAUUGAAGACUGGAAGAUCAGAAUAGAGGAGAAGCUUGGGAGGAAGGUGGUUGAGUUAACAGGUGACGUGACUCCAGACAUGCGGGCAAUAGCGCAGGCCGAUCUGAUCGUCACUACACCAGAAAAAUGGGAUGGAAUCAGCCGCAGCUGGCAGAACCGCAGCUAUGUGCAGAAAGUGGCUAUUCUCAUCAUCGAUGAGAUCCAUCUUUUGGGUGAGGACAGAGGGCCGGUUCUAGAGGUCAUUGUGUCCAGAACCAACUUUAUCUCAUCGCACACCUCUAAAACAGUGAGAGUGGUUGGACUGUCUACAGCGCUGGCUAAUGCCCGGGAUCUAGCAGACUGGCUGGGCAUCGGACAGGUGGGACUGUUUAAUUUUCGGCCCUCGGUUCGUCCGGUUCCAUUGGAGGUUCACAUCCAGGGCUUCCCGGGGCAGCAUUACUGUCCUCGAAUGGCCAGUAUGAACAAGCCAGUCUUCCAGGCCAUCCGCUCUCACUCUCCCGCCAAGCCUGUCCUCAUCUUUGUGUCGUCACGGCGACAGACGCGCCUCACGGCUCUGGACCUCAUCGCGUUCCUGGCCACAGAGGAUGACCCCAAACAGUGGCUGCACCAGGAUGAGAGAGAGAUGACUGAUAUCAUAGCCACUAUAAGAGAGUCAAAUCUUAAGCUGACGCUGGCAUUUGGGAUAGGGAUGCAUCACGCUGGACUUCAUGAGAGAGACAGGAAGACUGUGGAGGAGUUGUUUGUCAACUGUAAGAUCCAGGUGUUAAUUGCGACAAGCACACUGGCCUGGGGUGUGAACUUCCCUGCCCACCUGGUGGUCGUGAAGGGCACCGAGUACUAUGAUGGAAAGACAAGGCGCUACGUGGAUUACCCCAUCACAGAUGUUCUUCAGAUGAUGGGUCGUGCCGGACGACCUCAGUUUGAUGACCAGGGAAAGGCUGUGAUUCUUGUUCACGACAUCAAGAAGGAUUUCUAUAAGAAGUUUCUGUACGAGCCCUUCCCUGUGGAGUCAAGUCUUCUGAGCGUGCUCUCCGAUCACUUGAAUGCAGAAAUAGCAGCAGGCACCAUCACCUCAAAGCAGGACGCUAUGGAUUACAUAACCUGGACGUACUUCUUCCGCAGGCUUGUCAUGAACCCCAGCUACUAUAAUUUGGAUGACAUCAACCGUGAGACCAUUAACAAAUACCUUUCAAACCUGGUGGAGAUGAGUCUGAGGGAUCUGGAAUGCUCUUACUGCAUGGAAAUAAAGGAGGAUGAACGCACAAUAGAGCCACUAACCUACGGCCGCAUCGCGUCCUACUAUUACCUGAAACACCAGACCAUCCGCAUGUUCAAAGAGCGACUGAAGCCAGAGCUGCCCAUCGCAGAGCUGCUGGCCAUCCUGUCGGAAGCAGAGGAGUACGCCGAGCUCCCUGUACGCCACAAUGAGGACCAACAGAACAGCGAGCUGGCCCAGCGGCUCCCCCUACAGGUCAACCCUCACUCGUACGACAGCGCUCACACGAAAACACACCUGCUACUGCAGGCCCACUUCAGCCACGCACAACUGCCCUGCAGUGACUACGGCACCGACACAAAGACCGUACUGGACAACGCCAUCCGCAUCUGCCAGGCGAUGCUGGACGUGGUGUCUAAUGAAGGUUGGCUGGUGUCUGCUCUCGGCAUUUGUAACCUGGUACAGAUGAUCAUUCAGGGUAGAUGGCUCCAGGAUUCCUCUCUGCUCACACUGCCUCACAUUGAAAAACAGGAUCUCUAUGUCUUCAGGAGGUGGAGUUCCAAAGGUGCGAGGGGUGGAGGCGGCUAUCAAGGGCCAAUCGAAGGGCUUCCUGAGCUAAUGUCUGCCUGCAGUGGUAAAGAGGAGAACUUUACGUCGAUGGUGAGGGAAGUGCUUCAACCCAACCAGAUCUCUCAGGCAUGGGGUUAUCUGAGUCACCUGCCUGUCGUCGAGGUCGCUAUGAGCGUGAAGGGCUGGUGGGAGGGUUGCGUGGAGCAAACUGAGCGUGCUCUGCCCACUAACGUCACCAACAUCAGGGACGAGUCCAGCUGGCUGCCGCUGCACGCAGACCAGGAGUACGUUCUACAGGUUUCCUUACGCCGCCUCAACACAGGCCAGCAAAGAAGGAAGCAAGACAGCAGGGCUCAGGCGCCUCGCUUCCCGAAACCCAAAGACGAAGGCUGGUUUCUCGUGCUCGGAGAAGUUGAGAAGAAAGAACUGCUGGCCAUCAAACGUGUGGGAUAUGUACGCAAUCGCAGUGCCGUGUCUGUGGCCUUCUAUACACCCGAGAAGAUGGGGAAGUGUAUCUACACACUGUACCUGAUGAGUGACAGUUAUCUGGGCCUGGACCAGCAGUACGACAUCCAUCUGAACGUUCUCCCAGCCAGCAUUUCUGCACAGACCAACACUGAAAUAACGGAUGGUGUGGGUAAAAUGGUCCUGAAGUGACCGCAUGCUGAUUAGCUGAUGUGGAUAGGUUCAAAUAAAAAUUUUUUUUAAAUGUCAGGAAAAACUACUCGGGAUGAGUGCCAGUUUUGUUUAAAGGGAAAGGUAAUCCAAAAAUGAAAUUCUAUCAUUUACUCACCCUCAAAUUGUUCCAAAUCUGCAUUACUUUCUCCAAUGGAACACAAUAGAAAAUAGUUCUGCAGAAUGAUAGCCUCAGUCACAAUUCACAUUCAUUGCAUUGUUUUUCUAUAAAAUAAAAGUGAAUGGUGAGAUUGAGGCCUAACGUCCUUUGAAUUCCAUGAAAGAAAGACAGUCAUAUGGUUUUGGGUGAUUAAAUGACAAUCUUUUUUUUUUUUUUCAAUCAUCAAACAUUCAGAUGAGGACUAUGUGGCAAAACAAUCUAUUUGCUCAUAGAUAUCAUAACUAACAUUUGAAAAUGAGAGAUCAGAUGGUUGUGUUGAAGCUUUGAGCUGCAGCUGAACAUUUGUGCAGGUUUCAGGAACGUCCUGAGAACACAUCUGUUUCCUAUGAGACGUUCACCAUACCUGCCUUACACUCUCUCUUCUCUUAAGUUCACACGAAACAACAUGCAAAGAUUAAUUUCUGAGAAAUAAAUUAACAUUUGUCUGAUGAUAAAAACGAAUAAAUAAAUGUUUUAUUAUUCCUUUUUUGUUUACGACAGUGUUCUUCAUCAUCAGUAAAUGUCAGUACUGUUUUGUUAAAUGCAAAAUAAAAAUGCAUGAUUGCA